AGGACGGGGCACGGUCCCGCCUCCCGCUGGGAGCCGGUCCCCGUAGGCUUGAGUUCUAAAAUAUCGAUAACUAACGCGGGCCGCCUCAGGAGCUGCCUCCGGGCCUGUCUCUGGCUUUCGGCGUCUCCCCACACGGGUCUUCGACACCUCUCCGGGUCUGGGUUAAGCUCACGCAGGCUUUGAGGUGGGCGGCAGCUUGCCGAGAGCCCCUCGUGUCACCAAGGACCGAAGCCUGAACUGUGUUUCCCCUCCGUCCUGAAGGUGCACAGCUUGGACGUUAUUUUAUGUAACGAUGCCCACGGUAUUACUGGUAUGCCCUAAUCUCAUCCCUGUGAGUUGGCAGUGGUUUAAUGCAACUGUGCAGCAUGGCAAGGCCAGCCCACAGUGUUUCUCAGGGUAUCAUCUAGUGUAACUGAUCAGAUAUCAAAGAUAAUUUAAUGAACAGAAUUCACUGUGUCACGCUCCAGUAUAAAACACAUGCUCUUUUUCAGGCUUCUCUACGCAACAGGCUGAACAGUUUCAAUCAUUCAGCUCUUCCAGCUGAAAUGUUAACUUCUCAUUUAAAAAGUCUACAAAAAGAAGAGCUCAGUCAGGGUGUACUGAAGUUAUCCUAAGGAAAAAUUUCAUUGCAUGGAUUGUGUAAACUCACUGAGACUGAAAUAAAGCUGGAAAGGAAUCUACAAGUGAAUAAAACAAGAAGUUUGGAAUUGGAUUUGGGGAAUCUGGGCUUGGAAAUGCCUCAGCCCAGUGUGAGUGGAAUGGACCCUCCUUUUGGGGACGCCUUUCGGAGCCAUGUGUUUUCAGAGCAGACUCUGAUGAGCACGGAUCUCUUGGCAAGCAGUUCAGAUCCAGACUUCAUGUAUGAACUGGACAGAGAAAUGGACUAUCAGCAAAGCUCCAGAGACAACUUACUUUCAAUGGAGGACUGCAAAGACCUUGAGAACUUGGAGUCUUUUACGGACAUCCUGGACAAAGAAGCUGCUCUCACCUCAAAGUGGGAGCAGUGGGACACCUACUGUGAAGACUUAACUAAGUACACUAAAUUAACCAGCUGUGACAUCUGGGGAACAAAAGAGGUCGAUUACCUGGGCCUUGAUGACUUUUCAAGCCCAUACCAAGAUGAAGAGGUGAUAAGCAAAACGCCGACACUGGCUCAGCUUAACAGUGAGGACUCUCAACCUGUUUCUGAUUCACUCUAUUACCCUGAUUUGCUCUUUAGUGUAAAACAAAACCCUUUAAAUUCUUUGCUACCUGGCAAAAAAAUUGCAACCAGAGCAGCAGCCCCAGUCUGUUCCUCCAAGAACGUUCAGGCUGAGGCACCUUUGUCGGACUGUGUUCAGAAGGCAAGCAAACCUGCAACUCAGCCUGCUUCCAGUACACAAAUCAUGGUGAAGACCAAUGUGUACAAUAAUGAAAAGGUGAACAUUCAUGUUGAAUGUAAAGACUAUGUUAAAAAGGCAAAAGUAAAGAUCAAUCCUUUACCACAGAGCAGACCAGUGCUGAGCCAGACACAUGCUGAUGCAGCAAAGGAAAACACCUGCUAUUGUGGUGCUGUAGCAAAGAGACAAGAAAGAAAAGGAAUAGAGUCCCCGCAUAGUCACAGUACGCCUCCUAUUUUGCCUUUUAAAGAGACUCAAGAACUGCUACUCAGUCCACCCCAGGAAACCCCAGGGCUUACUGUGGGGGAGAGCAGUCUUUCUGCCAGCACAUCAGUGCCAGAUUCUUCACAGAAGAAAGAAGAGCACAACUAUUCUCUUUUUGUAACAGACAGUUUGGGUGAACAGUCAGCCAAAGGAGACCCUGAGGAAGAUGAGGAUGAUGAGGAUGAUAUUGAAGAUGAGGACCACGAUGAAGGAUUCGGCAGUGAGCAUGAGCUGUCUGAAAACGAUGAUGAGGAAGAAGAUUAUGAGGAUGAUAAAGAUGAUGACAUCAGCGAUACUUUCUCAGAACCAGCAGUAACACUUAGUGGGUCUUCAAAGGAUACUGAAUUCCUCUCUCCUGCAUGUAGAAAUGGAGACUUAACAACAGAAAUAAGAACUAACCUUCACCUAGAAGGGUAUGAAAAUGAUUCUGUGGAGGAUUUAAAAGAAAUGACUGCAAUAUCCUCUCGGAAGAGAGGCAAGCGAAGAUACUUCUGGGAGUACAGUGAGCAACUAACACCUUCACAACAAGAAAGAAUGCUGAGGCCAUCCGAGUGGAAUCGAGAUACGUUACCAAGUAACAUGUAUCAGAAGAAUGGUCUCCAUCAUGGAAAAUAUGCAGCAAAAAAGUCACGGAGGACUGAUGUAGAAGACCUAACUCCCAACCCUAGAAAACUUCUACAGAUUGGUAAUGAACUGAGGAAGCUGAAUAAGGUGAUCAGUGACCUCACGCCAGUCAGUGAACUUCCCUUAACGGCCAGACCAAGGUCAAGAAAAGAAAAGAACAAGCUGGCUUCCAGGGCUUGUAGACUAAAAAAGAAAGCCCAGUAUGAAGCCAAUAAAGUAAAACUCUGGGGUCUCAACACGGAAUAUGAUAAUUUACUGUUUGUGAUCAACUCUAUUAAACAAGAAAUAGUUAAUCGGGUGCAGGUACCUAAAGAUGAUAGAGGAGUCAACAUGGAACAGAAGUUAAACAUACUUAUUAAAGACACUCUUGGACUACCUGUAGCUGGACAGACAUCAGAAUUCGUGAAUCAAGUUUUAGAGAAGACUGCAGAAGGAGACCCCACCGGUGGCCUUGUAGGGCUACGAAUACCAAUGUCAAAAGUUUAAGACAUGACUUCAGCUGUUCUCAUCAGUCAGAUUCUACCUGUGUUGUCAAGUACUUCAUUGUAAAUUGCAUUCUGGUCUGCAUGUCAGUUUAGCAUUAUGUAAACACUUACAAUUAGGUUCCAUUGUUUUUAAAUAACAAUGUAGUAAAACAAAUCAAAGCAUGAUAUAAAAUGCUUGAUAGCAUUUUUGGACCAUAAACCAGGUAGUUUCAAAGCUGCUUUAAGCUUAAAUACGGAGAUGAGGAUUCUUUUUAAAAUUAAGUUACCUAGGACCAGAAUAUAUCACUUUUGUUUUAGAAGCAAAAACAUGUUUUUGCUAGUAAAAAUUUUUAGCAUAUGCCAGACAUUGUGACAGGUUUAUGCUCCAAGUAAAAUAAGAGGAAGCGUUUUUUUGGUAAAGCUGUCAAUUUAGGGAGUUUUUUGUGUUUGUUGUUUUUUUUUUUUUAUAAUUGGGUUUUCUUUUGUUCUUAAAAAACAGUAAGCUUUCUUUGCAACCAUUAACUUGUACAUAGCACACGUGGCAUUAGAGCUAGUGUGCCAUAUAAGACUUUAAUUUUCUGAGCUUAAUAUAGUAUUUAAAUGUCUGUGCAAGCAAGAGAAAAAAGUAUAUUCUUUGUGCCUUGUAUUUUGGGGGGAGAGCUAUCAGUAUAAGCUGGUAAAGUUUUGUAUGAAGAAAACCCUGAGGGGAAAAAACAAGAUGUAUAGAUGGUAAGAUUAUAGGUUUUAAUGUAUUUGUUCCAGCUCUUAAAAUUUUUGAAUGUAUAUAGGAAUAUGUUGAAAAUGUAGAUAUAUGCCACAGAGUCUAUGUAUUGUAUAAAAGAUGGCUCUAGAAAACUCAAUUUCGGUACUUUGGCCGGAAGAAAACAAAUACUUGCACAUUAAUGCGAUUGUUUAUUUUUGUACCAAAGACAAAUGCAACUGAUAUGGCGAACUGCCAGUCUAAGUAAAGUUUUGCACAGCUUAUAUGAUACUGUACUGAAUGUAAAAACAAAUGAAAAAAGAAAAAAAAUUAAAGGUCAGGGUUAGGGAUCUUACUGAACUGUGAAUUUUUUUGUUUGGGUCCAAUUAUCUACAGAAGGAGCAUUCAUACAUAACAAUAUUAUUUUGCUGUUCUUGUAGUUCGCUUCCAUGGUAGAUAAGUUGGUGGCCAUCUCGGAGUCUUUAAAUCUUUUUUCUCUGCACUUACUGUAGGAGAUUUUAAUAUAUUUGGAUUUUAGUAAGCUAUUGGUAAAAUAGUUUUCAACUUUGAGAAUUUAAAAAAAAUAUUUAGCUUGUUGUAGUAUACUUCCACCAAACAACCAAAAUAAAAUUAUUUUUAUUGUAAUGUGUAUAUAUGUAAAGAGAAAAAAGAGCUACAAAUAUCUAAUUCCUUAGUUGCCACUUUUCCAGUUGAUGUAUUAUUAUGCAUGUGAUGUUUCCAAGGAUCAACACAGGCUUCAAACAAAACAAAAAAAAAAUUUAUAGACUUUUAUAUUUUUGUACAGGUAUUUCGAAACUAGCUUCUUCAAACUUAUAUGUGACUUAUUCUUGUUAAUUCAGUAGUUUCUAUGAUUGAGGAAUAUUAACACACAGUUCUUAUUUGCUCUUCUGCUAAUAAGAGUUGGCUUUGUAGUCAGUGUUAACGUACAGAUUAAAAGCUUUAGCCUUUGAUGAGAAAGUACUUUAUCUCAAGGCAAGAUCAUUCUCUGGUUUCAUGGACCCCCCUCCCCCCCUUUUUCCUCCCUGUUCUUUCUCUCCCUAUUUAAAGAUGACAAAACACUGUUUACUGAAAAUAGAAAUACCAAAUAUUUUCAAAUGUAGCUGCUGAAAAAAAAUGCAAAAGUCCAUGAAGGCUUUCUCCCCACUCCCUUUGGGGAAUUUCUCCACUUCAUUUCUAGUUUGUCUAAGUUUGUUUGUACUGUGAUUCCUUUUUGUUUAUAAGUAGAUUAUUUUUAUAUCCAAGCUUGUACUAUAAAAAAAAAGUCUGAAUCGGUAAUAGUGCAGUAAGAGUGGCCGAUGAAGGUGGCAGUCCUGCCACACUUGUGAGUGUGCCCACAGCUUACUUUGUAUCUAAAUAUUUUGGAAGACUCAGAAGGGAGGAGGAGGCCAAAAUACCACUACUGAGCUGUACAGAAAGUCUUUCCUACAAGAGACUGAACAAAUACCCAGGGCAAUUUAGGCAAAACUUUGUAAAUCCACUUAAGACUUGCAAAAUCUGAGUGGAAUGUGGGUGGUUUUGUUUCAGGUGUUUUUGUUUUUAGGGUGAGGUGAGAGUUGGCUGCUGCUUUACACAGUGGGUCAGAUGUAUUCCAAUUGUAAUUAUUGCCAAUGUUGCAGUUAUUCUGGAGAUGCAUACGGCCCAUAAAACCCCGACAAAGAAUGUCUCCUGUGAAGUUAAGGCCAUGUCUGUACCAAGAUUUGAAUACUGUUCCUUUCUGAUGAAUGGUGUUAACGCACUGCUCAGAUACGAGAGGUCUAUAUGCUAUAUCCAAACUGUGUAGACAAGGCAGCAUUUCUAAACAUUAAGAGAGCAGUUUUGCAAUCAGGUAAAAAUUUCUGUGACAAAUUAAACUGACAAGGUAUUAAAAAGCCCCUUUUCACUGCUCAGAACUACUGGGCAAAUAUAACUUCAUAGCUUUUUAUUUUUGUCUGAAAACCAGAAUAUGAUUUUGGUCUAGCAUUUCAAAGUAGACUUUGAAUCUUUAGUGAAUUCCAUACCCUUGCAUUUCAGUGUUUUCUAUGUAUUAUUUUAAGUUAAAGCUUUUAAAUAGUUGAGCUUUUUAAUGUUGACACUUUAUUUUGUACCUAUUUAUAUGUAUGUAUAUCUUAGAAAAGCACUUUGUUUAAAAAAAAAAAAAAAAAAAAAAAAACUGCGUUUUAUAUGAUUCCUGCCACUUGCUGCUAACUCUGGGCUGGU